UCCCUAUGUGGGCGUGUUCAGUCCGCUGAUGUAAACAGAAAAUACCCUACGUCUGAUCCCCACGGAUAAGUGACUGACGGAAUUGGUGACAUUGCGCCAGCAAUUCAAUGCACCAGACACGUUUUUAAUAUGUUUUAAAGCGCAGCAGUCCGAAACUAUGGACUUCUAUAUUAAUCUAAAGGUGAAUUUCAGGGGAAAUGCGAAGAAUUUUCUGCUGUCGGGCUCCGACACGAAGAGCUGGGAGACCAUGGAGGCCAUGGUGAAGCGCUCCUUCGGCCUGUGUCACCUCCAGGUCACCUACUUUGACGAGGAGAAUGAGGAGGUAUCCAUCAACAGUCAGGCUGAGUAUGAAGAAGCUUUGAAGAGCGCCGCCAGACAGGGGAACCGCCUGCACAUGAACGUGUACGAGACGCGGGGCCAGCCCACCCGGGUGCCCGCCGCCCCCGCCGCCACACUGCCCGCGCCGGCCCUGGCCCCCCGGGCCGGCGGGGCCGAGCCCAAGAGGGGGUUCCGGCCCCCCCAGAUCACCCACUGCCCCGCCCUCACGCAGGUGGUCAGCCGCAAGGUCCAGGCAGCGGUGCCGGAGCAGGGCAUGGUGAUCCUCAAGGAGCUGAAGGGGAGCAGAGAGGAGGACAAGACCCCGCCGGCCUGGUUCACCUCCUACAUGGAGAAGUUUAAGGACCAGGUGGUUCGCGAGGCGGUGGAGAAGAUCUGCCGCGAGUUCUCCGGCCAGUGCUGCAUCCACAAGCCCAUGGGGGGGGGCUCGUCCGGGGGCGCGCCCGGAGCAGGAGGAGGUGGGGGGGGGUCCGGGGCCGGAGGCGGGCCCCCAGGCGGCCCCGGCGCCAGGGGCGGCGGCGGCGGCGGCGGGGGCGGGGCCAACGUGAUCGCGGUAGCCGACGUCCACCACCAGGCCCCCGAGGUGCCCACCUCAGUGCUCCCCGGCGUGCCCACCUCCUCCUCGGCCUCCUCCGCCUCCUCCUCCUCCUCCUCCUCCUCCGCACCGCACUGCUCCUCCUGCAGAGGGCAGACGGCGGGCGGGGGCUACCAGUGCAGUGUGUGUACCUCCUGUACUCUGUGCGAGCCCUGCAGUUUCUCCCAUGAUCCCAGCCACAACCUGGUGAGGGCCCGGACGCCCCUCUCCAUCCCCGAGCACGGCUCGCCGGCCCCGGACCACAGCAGGUUCUACCGGCGGGGCGACCGAAGCUUCCGGAAGGCGGAGAAGCAGCGCCUGAAGGCGGAGAAGCGGCAGCUGAAGGCCGAGGUGAAGGAGAUCCGCAAGCAGCUGCGCAUGGAGAGGCGGGGCCAGCAGUGGAGCUCCUCCCACCACGACGGAAGCUCCUCCCCCGUCCUGCUGCAGCCCCGCGCCACCCAGCACCACAACAGCCCCGAACGUCCAAAGCGCCCGUGUCCGCUGGCGGCGCCCGCCAUGACGGCGGUGUUCCUGGACGAGAACCUUCCCGACGGGACGCGGCUCCGCCCCGCCACCAAGUUCAUCAAGUACUGGAAGAUGAGGAACACGGGCACGGCCAGCUGGAACGCCGACACCAAGCUCAAGUUCAUGUGGGGGAACCUUGCCGUGGGUUCUGGCGAUCGCUGGAGGGAAGUGUCCGUUCCUUUCCUCCAACCCGGUCAGGUGGGCGUGGUGAGCGUGGCCCUGUGCGCCCCCAGCGUGGAGGGCUCCUACACCUCCCACUGGCGGCUGGCCCACGCCGGGGAGCAGUUCGGGCCCCGGGUGUGGUGCAGCAUCGUGGUGGACCCCCAGGCCCCCGCCGCCAUGAUGGCCGACGGGAUCCUGGUCUCGCCCUGCGUCACCCCACAGGGUAAGAACCCCAUGUCCAAGGACGGGAACCCCUGCCCUGCGACCCGGGACCAGGCCCUGGUCUCGGUGGACCAGGAGGAGUACUACAUCCCGUCUGUGGACCUGCUCACUGCACAGGACCUUUUGUCCUUUGAGUUGCUGGACAUCAACAUUGUGCAGGAGCUGGAGAGCGUCCCCAACACCUCGCCCGCAGUGGCCCCUACAGACGUGUGUCCCCCCCCACAGGACGGGAGCUCCUCCCCUUUGGGGUUGAUCCAGGCGGAGUCUGAGGGCGCCACUGGCUCCACGGAUGCACCAAAGGGGGAGGGGCCAGGAGCGGAGGGGAGUGGUGGGGGCGUGCCUGCCCAGGAGGAAGGGGGAGGCGACCUCAGCGGGACCCAGUUUGUGUGUGAGACCGUGAUUGGCUCUCUGACGUUGGAGGAGGCCCCUGACCACGCCCCUGUCCGAGGGACACGCCCCGGCCACGGCAAAGUGGUACGGCCCGCGGCCCAGGGCGGCUCGGUGUCUUUGUGUGUGAAGAGCCCCCACAGCGACCGGAGCCCGGACAGCUGCCCCUCGGGCCUGAAGGCGUCCCUCCCCACCCCCCUGAAGGCCUGCCUCCCGGGGCCGCUGUCCGCGGGCCCCCCCGCCGGCCCCGGCUCGGCCCCGGGCCCCUCCAGGGCCACGCUGAUGGGGGAGCGCAGGCUCACAGAGCAAGGGUUGGGCGUGCGGAGCAUGUGUGCGGACCCCCGGCGGAAGGCGAGGGGCCUGGAGGAGGAGAAGGAGAGCCCCGAAGGAGAGGACAAGAUGGAGGAGUGGAUGAGGAGCCGUUCCUCCUCGGCCUCCUCCGAGGACUACAUCAUCAUCCUCCCCGACUGCUUUGACACCAGCCGGCCACUAGGGGACUCCAUGUACAGCUCAGCCUUGUCCCAGCCCGGGGACCCCACGGCUGAGACCCCCUCCACCCCCGAGACCCCCCUGGAGGAGCUGGGGGGGCCGGGGGUGUCGGUGACCAGCAGCGCCAACGACAUGCUGUGCACCUCCCAGACGCUGGACGACGAGCCGCUGACCCCCGAGGUGGUGGCGCCCCCUACAGCCGGCCUCACGCCAAGUCUGGAGGGCAGGGAAGAGGCGGUGCAGGACCAGAAUGCGGGUCAAGAGGUCGGGGAGGAGGAAGUGAGCUCUGACCUCUACCAAAACCAGGAGGGCCCCGCAGACACACAGCCCCAGGAAGACACCCCCGAGGACCCCGCAGACCCCCCAGACACAGCGCCCGACAAUCCUGAGGACCCCAGCCAUCCAGGAAUCACAGACGAGCUGGUGAAGGGGGCGCUGUCUGUGGCCGCCUCCGCCUACAAGGCCCUGUGCACAGGGCAGGGUCCCACCCAGCCCCCGGUGGACGCCUCCUCCGAGGACACCAUGACAGCCGUGCUGGUGGAGAUGGGCUUCAGCGACCGCACGCUGAACCAGAGGCUGCUGAGGAAGCACGGCUUCAACCUGCUGGACGUGGUCAACGAGCUGGUGCAGAUGACCGACAACGACUGCUUCGCUGGAGGGACGGACCACCUGAGAACAGGAUGUGAACCCGACCUCAACAGGCUGUGACAUUUCCCUGCUCAGCUUUCAACCUCCCGCACACGCACAGAGACACACAAUCACCUACAGUCAUUAUCACACACACACACACACACACACACACACACACACACACACACACACACACACACACACACACACACACACCUCAAAUCACCACCAUGCACACACAACCUCACUCACCCCUCACAGCCACACAAAAAGACACACACAUGCACGCACACGCAUGCACACACGCACCCAGGUCUGCUUUGCAUCCUGGCCCCAUGGUGGUUGAGGGUUCUGUUCCCAAACCAGGGGGAACAUCGCAGCGUAUCAAAAUAAAAGUACCCGCUGUUUGUCACGGGCCAUCCUGCGGUCCAACAUAGACUGCCGACGCCUGGCCUCCCAGUGCAUGGCUGCCAUCGUGUACCCUACACACACACACACACACACACACACACACACACACACACACACACACACACACACACACACACACACACACACACACACACACACACACA